AUGUCUACUGAUGAUAUAGUUUGGGAAGUAAUCAACCAAAGUUUCUGUUCUCACAGAAUCAAAACUCCAAGUGGUCAAAUCUUCUGUAGAGAUCCAUAUAAUGUGACCGGUUUAUGCACCAGACAAUCAUGUCCAUUAGCAAACUCCAAAUAUGCAACUGUUAGAUCGCAUAAUGGAAGAAUUUAUCUUUACAUCAAAACGCCAGAAAGAGCACAUACGCCGGCUAAAUUAUGGGAGAAGAUUAAACUUUCCAAAAACUAUAUUAAAGCAUUGAAGCAAAUAGACGAACAUCUUUUACACUGGAACAAAUUCUUUCGUCAUAAAUGUAAACAGAGAUUCACUAAAUUGACUCAAGUGGCCAUCACAGAAAGACGUCUUGUUAUGAGAGAAGAAGAAAGACAUUAUGUUGGUGUUGCACCAAAAAUAAAGAGAAGAGAAGCUAAUAGAGAAAGAAAAGCACUUGCUGCAGCCAAGAUCGAAAAGGCUAUUGAAAAGGAAUUGCUGGAUAGAUUGAAGAGUGGAGCAUAUGGUGAUAAACCAUUGAAUGUAGAUGAAAAAGUAUGGAAGAAAAUUCUUGGUAAAUUGGAUGAAGAGAAUGAAAUGGAGGAAGAUGAGGAAGAAGAAGAUUGGGAAGAAGAAUCUGAUGACGGUGAAGUUGAAUAUGUAGCAGCUGAUGAAGAAAAUGAAUAUGUGGAUCCUGAAGAAUUAGAGAAAUGGUUAGCUGAUUCUGAUAGAGAAUACUCUUCUGAUGAGGAUGAAAGUACUAGUGAAGAUGAAAGUAGUAGCAGUGAAGAAGAUGAAGGGGAAGGUAAUGACAAUUCCUCAUCUAAGAAACGUAAAAAAUCUACUACAAAAAAGAACAAACGUCCAAAGGUUGAAAUUGAAUUUGAAGAAGAAAGAGAAUUACAACCUGCAGAAGAAGGAUUGGCUCAUUAG